AUGUCGGACACUAAGACCCAGUACAAUCCAUUCGGCGGCCAACUCGCCGACCUUGACAAGUCUUUCGAGCAGAACUCAGCAGAGCUACAGAAGAUACAAGUCGAUACCGAACGGAUCUCUGCUGAGCUCAAGAACCCAGAGAAACUGAAAGUGGACACGUUCUGCCGGGAAACAGAACUUGAGGAGGAAUUGGACAAGAUUGAAGAGGAAAAAUUUGACCUCAAAAGACUAGCGCGUGUGCAUCGCAAAUCUCUACUUCCAGACUACCAAAGCCUGGCGACUCCGCCUUCACAGCAGCCCAAGGAACAGGCUUCCCCAAGCUGUUUCGACGAUAUUACCCCACCGCGGUCCCCAGUUGCACCCACGCUUCCAACGGUAAUGCCGUUGGUCACUUCGUUGGCAAGCAGAAUCCGUGGCCGCCCAAACUCGCAGAAGGAAGCCCAAUCGCCUGUUCAGAGUGUUCAGGAUGAGUUGAAGCAACCCACCAUCAAUCAUGCCUCCCUCUCGGGAGCUGCUCGCAGUCCUAUCCCCUCAAAUCACCUUGGACUUCCCUAUUCUGGUUCCGAAGAUGACCUCGAUGAUUCUGGUGACGAUUUCGGGUCAGAAGCACUGAAAUCCCCCAAAAGAAGACGGUGGCCAGACCAUAUUUUUGGGGUCAAAACCGAACGCGGGACUACCUAUCUGGAGAAAUACUCGCACGUUACUCGGCUAGAUGAUGGAAGGUGGGUUGAAUUGCGAUGUGGCAUAUGCGGUGUGAACAGCGGCAGCGAGAACAAUUUUUACAAAGGUUUGAACGGCUUCAAACGCCAUUUCAGCUGGUUCCAUCAUAUGGCAAACCUUGCAGAUGACCAGGUCGUUGCUCACUGCAAAGUAGUACGGCACUUGUCUACUGACGAAGUCGACGCCCUUCGUCUCGGACAACCUGGUGCUCCAUCCAUGCGUAAAGUCAAGGCGAGCGCUGCCAACCAGACUGAUGUCGUGCUGCGGCUUUUCCCAACCAUCGUCAAGCUUUCGAACGGAAAAUAUGUCGAACUGAAAUGCAACGUUAAGGGUUGCGACAUCAAUAGCACCAAUAAAGGAGCGAACGAGACGACCGAGUUCAAAGGACUGAAUGGAUUCGGAAGCCAUAUCAGACGAUCUCACCCGGAGGAGUGGGAACUUGAUGUGGACUUCGCCGCGUUUUCACCUCGCAAGGAGACUCCCCAUACAGAUCGGAUCUUGUCUUUCUGCAGCCAACGUGAAUUGACUGACAGAGAAGUAGAAGCAAUCAAGCAGCGUGGCAGAGAGGCAUAUAAGAUUACCUGCAAAGCUGCUUCCUACAAGCGAAGGCGCAGGAGCAGAACUGUUCGCUCCCCGUCGGUCGACGAAAGUGCAGAGUCAGCCGGCGACAUGGUGAGCGAGUACGAAGAUUCAGAUCGCGGAGGGGAAAUCAAACGUGCCCGCCGGAGCGGAGAUGGGUUUCUGCGAGACUCCUGUAUCAAAUCCUCACCCCCGGCGUCUACUAUCGGUGUGCGAGACCAGAUUACUGUGGAUAUGUCUCGGCAGAAGCCGGAGCCGACACAAUAUCAGUUCGAGGAGUACUGCGCAUGUACCCUCUUAGGUCAUCAAUGCGAAACGGUCGGCUGCACGAAUCUCAAGUUCCCACAGAUGCCCUUCCUCCAGUCUUCCUACUAAUUGUGUCCGAGAGCACGAAGGCCGUUGAAGUUUCCCGUCGUGCUCACCACUACCGGGCUUGUGUAAGGUCUCUUAGUACCCUAUCCUGGCAUUGUCGCGGCAAUUCCAGCUAGUGAUGGGCGUGAUUAUGGUCGAGGUAGAUCCGCCUCCUGUGAUCUCCAGCGUCAUGCCCAUCUCGGCAGUCGCGUAGUACACAGUGUUGCCCGCGGGCGAUCUUAAUGCAGGUGGUUCGGAUGGUGCAAAUCUCACUUUUUCUCGCACAUCCAAUCGUGAGACGGUUGCUGUAUAAUAUGCUCAUUACAGCACCUCGUCUGGACAUCUCUUGGUCGGUUACUUUGGCUGGUUUUCCUCGGUCGAUUUCCUCGGGGGUUUCAAUUGGCGCUUUAGUUAUGAUCUCUAUCUGGUCAGACUGCAGGCAAUUCCAAAAAGCACACCUUCUCGGCUUC